GACAACAACACAUCCAGAUCAUGGCGAUGUUUUGGUCCGUAGUGUGUCUGUGGAGUGUCAACGUUGCUGCUUUCAACUUGGACGGCAAGAGCGUCGUGGAGAGAACCGGACACCCCGGCAGCCUCUUUGGGUUUUCUGUUGCGUUCCACCAGCAGCUGAGUCCUAUCAAAAAGAACUUAUUGCUGGUAGGAGCCCCCAAAUCAAAACAUCCCUACCUGGAGAAUGCCACCGGCGUUGUCUAUCAGUGUGAUCUCAGCGCUACUUCCCAAAACUGCCAGGCCAUCGACUUUAACAACGAAGAGUUCAGGGAGAGCAAAGGUAUAAACGGCCAGUGGAUGGGAGUCAGAGUGACGAGCCAAGGUCCUGGUAAAAAUGUCAUGACUUGUGCUCAUCGGUACCAGCAGUGGACCCCGACCCCGGGUCUUUACACGCCUCGCCUGAUAACGGGCCAGUGCUACAUCUUAGGGGAUGACCUGCAAGUCGGGACGGAGGAGAGGACGUGGAGGAGGGUGGUGUGCGAUGCCGAACAUCUGAACAGACGUCAGAAAGACCAGGAUUGGUUUGCGUACUGCCAGCAGGGUCACGGUGCAUCUUUUGCUAAGGACAACAGAUCUGUGGUCUUUGGAGCACCGGGCGCUUACCAGUGGAAAGGAAUCGUGCGCAUGGAGCUACUGGACAAUCUUGACAUCUUCGGCGAGCUUCCUCGAGAAACCGGCAAUACCGACCUGUUUAACUCCAAACUCAUUCCUCUCCAAAGAAACAGCUACCUGGGAUUCUCCACCGACUCUGGAAUGACCCUGCUCAAGGGAGGUGAGCUGACCAUCGUAUCGGGAGCGCCCAGAGGUGGAUACAGCGGUCAGGUGGCCUUUCUGAAGGCAGACCCUUCGGCAAAGAGAAGUUUGUCUGUCGAGUUGGUCCUGUCUGGUCCGGGGUUGGCCUCCUCCUUUGGAUAUGACGUUGCCGUGGUGGACCUCAACAAUGACGGGUGGGAGGACCUCGCCGUCGGAGCGCCUGAAUUCUUUCUCCAAGACGGCUCGAUUGGAGGAGCGGUCUACAUCUACGUCAACAAAAAAGGGGAAAACUGGCAGAAAAUUCAUCCCGUUCAACUCCUUGGACGUCAAGAUUCCUUGUUCGGACUCGCGGUGGAAAACAUCGGCGAUGUUAAUCAAGAUGGAUAUGGAGACAUUGUUGUGGGGGCACCGUACGACAGUUCUGGUCGAGUCUACCUCUACUGCGGCUCCUCAAGCGGCAUCAACCGAAAGCCGGCGCAGGUGCUCGCUCCGGAAUCCCCCACGGUCACUUUGUUUGGAUAUUCUCUGUCGGGUAACUUGGAUAUCGACGAUAACCAAUACCCUGAUUUGGCGGUUGGAUCACUCUCGGAUGCGGUCUUUGUUUACAGAGCUCGGCCCGUGGUCAAUGUCGACGGCGCGUUAACGAUAACCCCGGAUGAAAUAGACGUCGCAAAGCAACAGUGCGAUAAACACACCUGUUAUAUCGCAGUACAGCUGUGUUUUACCUACUCGGCACAUCCGGCAUCGUUCAACCCCAAACUGACAAUCAGCUUCUCAAUGGAGGUCGACGCAACGAGGAGGAAAUCCAGGCUUCCCCCUCGUGUGGACUUUCUGGGUUCGUCUCAGGGGACGCUGGAGUUGCCUGGCCAAGGGAGGAAAAUCUGCGCUAACGUUAAGCUCCGACUUCUGCGAGACGCGACGGACAGGCUUCACAGCAUCCCUGUUUCUGUCAACUGGUCUCUGCCGAGCUCCGGUCCAACGGCGAGGUCAAAUGUCGGCCCGCCCGACGUCACUCCAGUGCUCAACCUCUACCAGAAACAAAGCACCGUGUCAGAGAUAACCUUCAUCAACGAGGGCUGCGGCAGUGACAACGUUUGCCACAGUAACCUGGAGCUACGGUACAAGUUCUGUGCCAGGAAAACCCAAAAUCAUGAAGAUGUUUUCCAACCACUGGUCAGAGAGGACGGCGUCGCGGUCAUCACUCCCUCCGGCGAGGACGUGGCCUUGGAGAUCACCGUGACCAAUAAGGACGGGGAAGACGCGCACCAGAGUCAUGUGGUCGUCAAGCUCCCAGAUCUUCUUCGCUACUCCUCCGCCGUUUAUGCAUCGACAUCGGUGUCACGAGUGACUUGCUCAAGCAACGACAAGGGAACGGUGAUCGACUGUGAGCUGGGAAACCCGCUCCAAAGAGACGCUCAAGUUUCAUUUUACGUUAUGCUGAGCACGAGCGGCAUCUCACUCAGCACGAAAUCUGUCAACGUCACAUUGCAACUUCAGACGGCGAGUGUGCAGACCUUAGAAGACGUCGAAGCGACGGCCAAAGUGGUUUUUGAACUGGGGCUGCAAAUAUAUGGGCUCGCCAGGCCAUCUCAAGUUUCAAUUCGCAAAAGCCUAAUUGGCCAGCGAGCCUUAAAAACAGUGGACGAUAUUGGAAUCCCGAUUCAGUUUGAAUUCAAGAUAACAAACCAGGGCAGGUCCCUGAAAUCCUUCGCCAACGCCUCGCUGGACAUCCGCUGGCCAAAGGUCAACUCCGACGGCAAAGGGCUGCUCUACCUGACUGAGGUCACGAGCGCGGGAGUGCAUUUUGUCUCCUGCUCACCCGCCGACCACAUCGACCCUCUCAAACUGACGGGUCGGCGCGGAACCUCCAGGGGGCGACGCGAGGCCGAACACGAGGGCCAAUACGACGCCCUCUCCGCUGCUGGAUUCUUCUUUCUUCCAUCAAAAAGGAAGUACAAAGCACUGACGUGUCUCGACGGACUCAAUUGCGCAGAGCUGCGCUGCCCUCUAGUGGGCCUGGACAGCACUGCGCUCAUUGUUCUCCACGCACGUCUGUGGAAUUCGACUUUGGUGCAGGAUUACAGCUCCUUGAACUACUUGGACAUCGUCGCGGACGCCGCUCUCACUCUCACGAACUCUCCGGUCAACAUUGGACUCAAAGAAAAAGAGCCUCGCACCAAGGUGAAGGUGACGGUCUUCCUGGAGAGAGAGGAGGAAUACUUGGCUAAAGUGGCCUGGUGGAUCAUCUUCCUGACGGUCGCCGCGGGCCUGCUGCUCCUGGCCGUCCUCUUCUUCUUCUUAUGGAAGCGGGGCUGCUUCAGGUGUGCGGCGUGCAACGAAUCCUCACACCUGAAGAUGGAAAAGGUAAAAGCCUGAAACGAGGAUGGAGGCUGGGAAAAUGAUACAUACUGCAUAUUAAGAAGAUAUAUUCAGAAAAUCGAACUUUUAACCCUUCUGACACACAACUCACAUGGUGCAGAUGAAAAAUGUGACUUCGCUUCGUUGAAUGACGUGGGGCGGGGGGGAAUCACUUGCGUGUUUGUUUGCAACAAGUGUUAAAAAAACAAAACAUGAAGGCAAUUGUGCUGAAGGAACUUUUUAUUGAACGUUUGUGAAAAUGCGACAUCAUUGUUGGAAUGGUGAAAUGACAACAACACUGCUGCUCUCUGGAACGCUUCGGAACCUCUUCGAAGUCUUAAGACGUUCCCGAUUUUUCACUUUGAACGCUGCUGUUGACAAAUUUCGGAAGGGGAAAGAAACUACCUUGUAAAUAGAUUAAAAAUGUUUUUGUUUUGUUUUUUAUAACCUGACAUUUGCUCCAAAGUGUGCUUCUUCAAAUGGUUUCUUAAGCUAUUUUCAAAUGACCUGUGCAAUAGCCAGAGCGAAAUUAGCGUUCUUAUUUUCUCGGUUGCUAUGUUUUGUUUCAUAACUGUCCUAUACUGCUCUUUGAAUGCCAUUAAAAGUCAUAUUUAUUUUGCCAGAUCACUCCUGCUCGUGAAUUCUGCCAAUGUACGUAGCCGCGAACAGAAAGAUUGAUAUCGUCAAAAUUUUUUGAGGCGCUAACCGUACACGCGCGCCCCUGCGCUGACGCCGACUCUGGAGCCGGGGUCAGCCAUGGACGCUUAAUUUCAGUGGCGUGGAGGGAACCUACAUGGCAAUUGUGAUAAACGGCGGGCCGACGCAGCGUCGUGCGCCUAAAUGCUUGCGUAUUUUUUUUUUUGUUUGUUUGGUUUUUUUGUGCUUACGCGGCUGCCGCAGCCGCCGGGGACGUGAUGUAGACAAGACAGUUGCCAGUUGUCACUUCACAUCAUUUACUGUAUAGCGGCCGUGCGGGACAUCACAAUCAGAAUCAGAAUCAACUUUAAUGGCCAA